GAGCGAAAGUGAAAAGGCGCAGGUAUGUGAUCCGGAUUGACUCCGCUUGCCGGUUUCCCGGAUGUCUCAUCUCCGGAUCGGAGCCCUGGUCUUUCUCGCUUUCUUCAGCCAGAUCACAGCCCAAGUACUGCUGCCGCCUCCUCGUGACCUUACGCUUCUGUCGAAGGAUUUCAGUCUGUUCUUGAGCUGGCUUCCAGAUGACAGCUACCCUUCUGGAGUGUCCUAUACGGUUCAGUGGAGAGUGGAACCUGCGCCCCCAAUGUUGCAAGUACACGAGACUGAAAACAUCGUCAGAGUGAACGCUACUUUCUUGUACCCAUCGUGUGCGAAGGACAUCUUGCAGCAUCAGGUCUACUACAACUUGGAAACUUGGGAAGCAGGAACAGAGAAAAAAAACAGGUAUGAGCGACCGAAGGGGAAUGUGAUAGAACUUAACAUGACGCAGUGGCCUAGCGGUAAUUACUGCUUCCAUGCCCGGAGUUACUUCCAGACAAACGAGAAAUGGAGCCACUUCUCCUGGCCGGUUUGUACACAGCUACAUGGAAAAGGUAUCCUGCAAGGGGCAGCAGAAAACUGGACAUUGAUUUUUCUUCCCUUACUGCUCGUGGUCUCAGCUGGUCCUCUUAGCGUCUACGUCUGGUGCAGACACAAGCUUAAGCAAGCCAAGACGCCUCAGGCUUUGGAUUUUUCCACAUUCAACAGUCCAAAGAAGUUGUUCAAAUUUGGCACCAUGGAAGAAAUCGUAGUGGAUGUCCUCCUGUGCACAGGGGUGCCUUUAGAUGCAGGAAAGAGGAACAGGCUCCCUCAUCAGAUAACACGGUCUCCUGUGUGUUCACUGGCAGAAGACGGUAAUGAGGAUGAAGAAGACGAAGAUGAUAGCGGUGGUCCCAUACCUUACACGGAAAUGCACAGAUUCAAAAAGAAAGACAGGGAUUUCCAAGUGGGCUUGGAUCAGAAGGCAUUCGAUCCAUCUUCUCAAUCUGGAAAUGCCCAUCCUCAUGGGGAGUGUUGGCCAGUGGUGAUGAUGCCAGGACCCUUUGAUUCAAUAGAAUGGGUGACAGAAAAGGCUGUUUCUGGAUUCUCCAAAAAUCUGGGAGGCUCACUUUCGGAAAACUCUUCAAUGGAUGAUCCCCUGGACUUUCCUAUCACUUCUCCAGUUGCCAGAGGAGAAGGACAGGAAGAUGCGAAUAGUGAUAUAGACUUUUGGCCUCGCAUGCCAAGACUGACAGAAGGACUUGACCCUGUAUCUCCUACGAGGAGGCAAUUCAUGGCAGCAAGAGACCACCCUGAAGCCACCUGCGGACAACUGGACGUCUCGUGGCUCCUUGAGGAGCAGCUGAUAAAUCAGGAAAGUUUUGAAAAAGACGUCAGCAAUUGCAGAGAACUCAGGGAAGAGGUCCCUCUUUUGAUGGCGUCUUGUAAGGAGGACUUAGAAAAUGAGACACUGGGAGGAGAUGGAGAUUCUGGAGUUUUGUCCAGCUCUAGGUUUCACGGUUAUGAGCCCAAACACAUACCUUAUAUUGCAAGAGCACAAGUUGGAUAACUGAGGUCCGCAUAACAUCAUAUUCCCAUCAGACGUUGCUCCUAAGUUUAUUUUUAUUAAAACCUCUUUAGGGUAUGAUGGCCUAACAUGUGACAAUAAUCACAGCAGGAAAUGGUUCCCACAUUUUCUUGCUGUAUCAAAAGCAAAUCGUUUUGUAAAAGAGAAAUAUAGGUAGACAGUUUCCGUGG